AUGAGCAGAUCCCUGUCCUUGCCGUCCGCCUUGACCAGUGAUCUGCUGACCCCUAACCCCCACUCCCGUCACACGACGACCCGUCGGUCACCUCUGCCUCACCUGAAUUGGGCGGAUGGCGGAGAGGUAUGGGAUCUGAUGGUCCAUAAGGAUGAGGUGUAUCAGCGGAACGCUCUCAUGCUUCACAGACACCCCAGUCUUCAGUCAAGAAUGCGAUCCAUUCUUAUGGAUUGGUUGAGCGAAGUGUGCGAAGUAUACCGUCUGAAUCGGGACACAUACUACCUGUGCAUAGACUUCAUCGACCGCUACCUGUCCUUCCAGUCAGAUGUGCCCAAACAACAGCUCCAACUGUUGGGCAUAACGUGUCUGUUCAUCGCCGCCAAGAUCGAGGAGAUAUAUCCGCCGAAAAUGAGUGAAUUCGCGUACGUGACGGACGGCGCCUGCGAAGAGCCUGAGAUCACCACCAAAGAGCUCAUCGUUCUUAAGGCCCUCAACUGGGAGUUGUGUCCCAUGACUGCCAACAAUUGGCUCACCGUUUAUAUGCAACUCUACGCCUCUCUCGACAAAGAGAAUUCACUUCUUCGGCGCGACGGCAACGCCUUCCUUAUCCCCAAAUACGAGUCAAAUCUUUUCGCCCGAAUCGCACAUCUGGUCGACCUCUGCAUCCUCGACAUCGGGUCUCUGGCCUUCUCUUACUCCAUAAUAGCCGCGUCCGCGCUCUACCACUUCACGCACGAGGAUGUCGUCUUUCAGUGCACCGGUAAGUCUUGCCACCACUUCCUCAUUGUCUGCCCCNAACUUCGGGCCACUCUUUGCAUCUCUUCGUUGAGCCCUUUGAUGACCCGUUCGUUGGCGUCGACCAACCCGUCGGCGCUUCCCUUCGACUUCUGGUUGUAUUCACGGAUUUUGUCCACAAAUAGCUUCUGA